UGCCACAAGUUCUCUCACACUUCCCCCCGGUCCCCCUUCUCCCCCACCAUUGCUACAGUACACUUCUUAUUAGUACGGCACUACUUCGUAAUUCUCCCCUCCCAUAGAUAAAUAAAAACCCAUCUCAAUUUCUCUCAGUUUCCCAGAGCCCCUCUUUCCCCAAUUAUCUCCUCUUUCCUUCCUCCACUGUCCACCCCAGCCAGACAAAAUCCUCCAUAAUUGGAACCCCACCAAAGACUCAAAUUCAAGGAACAAAAAAAAAAGAAGAGGGAAAUAGACAUAACCAUUAAUCAUGCGGAGCCAGCAGAUUUAAAACUUCUCCCUGAAUAAUGGAAACCAGCGAAGCUUAAGAAUACGCUUCCCCACGAAACCACUUCUUGCUCUUGGUAAAAACCACUUGCGCCAGCUGCCACAAGUUCUCUCACACUUCCCCCCGGUCCCCCUUCUCCCCCACCAUUGCUACAGUACACUUCUUAUUAGUACGGCACUACUUCGUAAUUCUCCCCUCCCAUAGAUAAAUAAAAACCCAUCUCAAUUUCUCUCAGUUUCCCAGAGCCCCUCUUUCCCCAAUUAUCUCCUCUUUCCUUCCUCCACUGUCCACCCCAGCCAGACAAAAUCCUCCAUAAUUGGAACCCCACCAAAGACUCAAAUUCAAGGAACAAAAAAAAAAGAAGAGGGAAAUAGACAUAACCAUUAAUCAUGCGGAUGAGCUGCAAUGGAUGCCGGGUUCUCCGGAAAGGCUGUAGUGAAAAAUGCAGCAUCAAGCCUUGCCUUCAUUGGAUCAAGUCCCCUGAAGCCCAGGCCAACGCCACCGUCUUCCUUGCGAAGUUUUACGGCCGCGCCGGCCUCCUCAACCUCAUCAAUGCUGGCCCUGAUCACCUCCGCCCCGGGAUAUUUAGAUCUUUGUUAUACGAGGCAUGUGGGCGAAUUGUGAAUCCGAUAUACGGCUCGACUGGCUUGUUAUGGUCGGGGAACUGGCAUCUCUGUCAAGCUGCAGUUGAAGCCGUUCUUAGUGGCUCGCCGAUUUCGCAAGUUUCGGCCGACUCGGCUGCAUGCACCGUGUGCCCACCCCUCAAGGCGGGUGAUAUUCGCCACGUGUCCAAGGACGAGAACUCGGCUGGCUCAGCAGCGCGAGAUCUUCACAAGGUGAAGUGUAGUAAGGGCAAGUUCAAGCGAGCCGGGGUGAAGCAGCCGAAGGUGAGGGUGGAGUCGCCUGAUGUGGAUAACGCGGCUCGAGUUAUGUGGAGCUGGUCUCACAAAGAGGAGGAGGAGGAGGAGGUUGUGGGAUCGCCGAGCCGUGACUCGGGAGUGAGCCAGCAUGUUGAGCCGCCGAGUCGGGGCGGUGAGUGUGGGGAUGCUGACAGUGCUUCCGUGGAGACGGUGGAAGAGUCGCUUGUUAAGCCGGAUGAGCCAGCCGAUGGGAGUGAUGUAGAGCUGGAGCUGACUCUCGGCUUUGAGCCUGUUCUGUGUAGGCAGCGGAAAGUGGGGCCCCUGGAAUCCGACGGAGGUGUUAACAAGUAAGAGGAGCUUGGUUAAUAAUUCUCAGGAGUUAAAAAAAAUCAUUUUUGGCGGCUCAUAUUCACAUUAUCUUAGUUGCCUUCUCUCUCUCUCUCUCUCUCUUUUUUUGUUCUUUUUGGGAUUGGGGAUGGGGGAGUAAUUUUUGUGUAAAAAGGGUUUUCAAUUUUUGUUACUUUGGGCGAUAAGGGUGUAAAAUUUGGCCAUGGUGACCUUAUGGUUGUGGUCCCAGUGGAUGUACAUUUUUUUUUUAAUGAUAAAAUGGGUCCACGAUUCCAUUAAAUUGGAGCAAAUUUUUGUUGAAGGUGGCUCCUGAUUUGUAACAUUUCA